AUGAUUUCCUGAGUUACAGUAGCUGCGUCCCCCACGGGAGGUGAGGUGUCAUACAAAGAGUUCCGGGUGCACAGAAAGGGACCAUGGCUGCAGAGAGGUCGUUUACCUCUGGCUCCCUGUGGGGGAUAACCCCGCUCCUUUUAGCUUUAGUCUGUUGCACCCCCUUCACAUUGGCCCGGCAGCUCAGCUUCGUUACUCUGGUUUAUAGACAUGGCGAUCGAUCGCCCGUGAAGGCGUAUCCCACAGAUGUACAUCAGGCGAAUGCCUGGCCUCAGGGCUUUGGUCAGCUGACACAGAUUGGUAUGAAGCAGCACUGGGAUCUAGGGCAGGAGUUACGAGCCCGUUACAAAGCGUUCCUUAAUGAGUCAUACAACAGGCAUGAGAUCUAUGUACGGAGCACAGAUGUGGACCGCACAUUGAUGAGUGCCGAAGCCAACCUUGCAGGCCUUUACCCACCUGCAGGCUCCCAAGUCUUCAAUCCUAACAUCACGUGGCAGCCGAUUCCUGUACAUACAGUGCCAAGCGCAGAUGAUCAGCUCCUGGAUUUCCCUCUGUCUCCUUGUCCACUGUACCAGAAGCUGCAGGAGGAAACGAGACAUUCUGAAGAAUAUACAAACCUGACUAGAGACAACCUGGAAUUCCUACGUAUGGUGGCAAAUAAGACUGGAUUAUCAGAUUGCUCCCUGGAGUCCGUGUGGAGUGUUUACGACACUUUGUUUUGUGAGAAAAUGCAUAAUUUGAGCCUGCCCACCUGGGCCAGUGAUGAUGUCCUUGCACGACUGAGGGUUCUAAAAGAUUUCAGCUUCAGGUUCCUCUUUGGAGUACAUCAACGUGUUGAAAAGGCUCGUCUGCAGGGAGGUGUUUUUGUAGAUCAGAUCCUUAAGAAUGUAUCAUAUGCUGCACAGAAAACUGCAUCAAAUGGCCUCAAACUCAUUGCAUACUCAGCACAUGACACCACGUUGGCAGCACUGCAAAUGGCUCUUGAUGUCCAUAAUGGGAAACAGGCCCCUUACGCUUCCUGCCACAUGUUUGAACUGUAUGAAGAAGAUUCUGGGAACUUCACAGUAGAGAUGUAUUUUAGGAACGAGAGUGGUAAGGCACCCUUCCCACUGACCCUUCCUGGCUGUACCCAGAGGUGUCCCCUCCAGGAGUUUAAGCAACUGCUUCAGCCAGUUAUCUCUCAGGACUGGCAGCAAGAAUGCCAAAUCUCUAACAAAACUCAAGACACAGAGAUCAUCAUUGGUUUGGCUGCCUGUGGAUGCAUCUUAUUUCUUCUUGUUGUCCUACUUCUGGUUGUCCUGUUUCGCCAGAAGUCUCAACCUCCUGGUUAUCAUCAUGUCUCCAAUGUUGGCGAAGAACACAAUUAAUGCACAACAUCCCCCUGCCUCCUUUCCAUUUCUCUGAAUCCUCAUUCAGAGAUUAUGAAUGUGCCAGCAACAGUCAAAGAAACUUUGUUUUUGUUUUAUCUUUUUAUUCAGGAUUUUAGAAUUUUAUUUUUUAUUUUUAAUGUUUUUAAUGUUUGGGAACAAUCUACACAAUCAUUUUAAACCUAUUGACAUGAAUGAUAGAGGCAACAAAAACAAUGCAGAACUAAUUUAGGUUUACUUAGAGCAGUGUUUCAAUGAAGAUAUUUGAUGGCAUUGAAAAUACAGUUUUGAUUGUGAUUAUAUGA